CGGUGGGUGAUUCAUGAGUGUGCUGAGCUAGUCCAGCUAGCAGCUAUUCUCUGGGCUGAAGUGUAGGUAAAACGUUUAGAAGAUGAUGGAAGAGAGUGGGAUUGAGACUACGCCUCCUGCCAGCCCUACACCUCCCCCGACUGUGGCUGCCACAGUCUCCUCCCCAGCAGUGACCAUAGGUCUGUCCAGCCCUCUGACCCUCUCAGGCACCAGUUCAGUGUCCACCGCUCUCCCCCCUGCUCCCUCCCUCCCUGCUUUCAGCAGCCCUCUGCCCAUGGCCUCCCAGUUUCCCCCAGCCUCCACACUCGCCUCCCCCUUCACUAGCAGCUCUCCCUUCGUUCCUCUCAGCUCCGCCUCUUUGCCUCCUCUGGUCACCGACAUAAAACCACCUCCCUCCUUGGCUCCCGGCAUGCCGGCCCCCCCCGUAGGCCCGCCCAUAUCCAGCUUCUUCAUGAGCGCAGGAUAUGACAUCACACGGGGUCACGCCGGUCGAACGCCACAGACGCCACUGAUGCCAACGUUCUCCAGUUCUACCGCCAUGCCGGGUGUAGUGUCAAACCCCCUGGUUCAGCAGCCAGCCAUGACAGGAGGAAUAGACACUGGAUCUCCCAUCACUUUCCCAGAGGAGCAGGAAGAUCCCAGAGUGUCUGGAGACACCAACACAGGUGGAGGCAUCUGGGGCUUUUUCAAGGGAGUAGCUGGUAACCAUGUAGUAAAGACAGUCCUGGACAAAACCAAGCACUCUGUGGAGUCCAUGAUCACCACUCUGGACCCUGGCAUGGCUCCAUACAUCAAGUCUGGCGGGGACAUUGACAUUGUGGUGACUUCAGAUAAGGAGCUGAAUGUGGACGCAGUCAGAGACGCCUUCCAGGAGGUUUUUGGGAUGGCCAUGGUCACUGGAGAGCCUGGUCAGUCUAACAUCGCUCCACAGCCUGUGGGCUACGCAGCCGGUGUCAAGGGGGCUCAGGAGCGCAUUGACAGCCUGCGUCGAGCAGGUGUGAUCCAUGAGAAGCAGCCAGUGGUCUCUUUGGAAAACUUCAUCGCUGAGCUCUUUCCUGACAAGUGGUUUGACAUCGGGUGUUUGAUCCUGGAGGACCCUGGUCUCAGCAUCCACAUCGAGGUCUUCACUCAGGCAACUCCUCUGGCUCUAGACAUCGUCCAGCAGGCUCAGUCCCUGACCCCUCCUGACUACAGCCUGCGCUGGUCAGGUCUGAUUGUGACGGUGGGUGAGGUCCUGGAGCGCAGCCUGGCCAACAUCAACAGGACAGACUGGCAUCAAGCCAUGACGGGCAUGACCCAGCGCCAGAUGAUCCAGAGCGCUGCCAAAGCUCUGGCUGGAAUCUACAAACAGCAGCUGCCACCCAGGACUGUGUGAGGCUCAGUGGUUCCAGUUUCUGUCACAGACUGGGAGGAGGUGGAGACACGUUGUAGGAGAAAGUAGCUGAUUGGACAGCGAGGUUCCCAUCAGUCCGCCAUGUGUCCGUAUGGGGCAUAUCCAAAUAUUGACUGACAUCUCAACAUGUCAGCAGGGUUUUACUGAAAGGCCAUCAUCAGAUAUCCAAUCACUACUUUGUUGCCAACUCAGACUUCAAAGAAGACUUAACCAUUAACUGAUUAUCUCGUCACCCUCCAAAGAUUAUUACACAUCAUGGAUUAAAUUAUCUGCAGUCUUAACACAUAUGUUGCAAUAUUUUGUUUUCUGGUUUUGUUUGUGAAUGCUUCUGGUUAUUGUAUACAUGGACUGACUGGCUGUGUCCCAGUUGUAUUCUUUAUACUGAAGGUGGUCCCAGAUCCAAAGUUUUAAAAAAGCCGACUCAACCCUUACUUGCAUUAAUUAAUUUUUAAAACUGGAUCUAAUCCAAAAUGUGGUCAACCCAGACAGACAGACCCAAACAGAGAGCGAACGCUGUGGCCUGAAACCUGAUCGUGUAGAAAAACGUGACCCCACCUGACCCAGUUAGACUGAACAUAAUGUGGACCUGGCCUGACUCGGAUCUUGGGUUGGGUCAUGGAUACAAGGAACUGAGUGGACCCGUCAGGUCCUCUACUAUAUACUGUAACUUAAACACACACUUAAAGGACCAGUGUGUAAGAUUUAGUGGGAUUUAUUGGCAGAAUAUGGCAGAAAUGGAACGUGAUAUUCAGUUUUAUAAAUUCUUAAUCAUAUGAAAAUAAUAACUAUUGUGUUUUGUUUACCUUAAAAUGAGCUCUUUGUGUGUAGAGAGCCAGCCCAGACCGGACAAACCAAACCCUGGCGUGCCUUUUUUUGUUUUUUGCCACUAAAUCCUACACACUGGUCCUUGAAGUUGGCCGUGCAUUAUUGUGGCAGUUAAUGUUUAAGACACUAGUGUACUGUUUUGUUGUAAUAGGACAUGAUAAAUGGUAUGUGCUGAUAUCCUGACAUUACUGCCAAUUUCACAUUUUAAAAAGAAAUUGCCGAUAAAAUGUUUUUAUGUUUAUUAUUUUCUAUUAUAUGAUUUUAUUCCAUGUAUAUUUCUGUUUUCUGAGUUGUUGCUACAGCCGCUGACUCACUGUCCACAUUUUUUUUCUCUUUUUAUUUCCUCUGUUUUCUUUGUUGGAAACCAUGGCUCCCGAUACUCCAGUGAUUAUGGAAAAAUAUUUGGUGUGGUUAAAUGUUGAUUAAACACUAAACUAUUUGGGAAUACACAACAUGAAUCAGAAUAAUGAAAUGAUAUCCAUAUUAAAAGGAGAUUUGACACAGGGCCUCAAGAUCAGGUGAUGAUGGAGAACCCACCUUUGAUAAUGUCAGUUGAUUUGUUUUUUGUGCUUUAUUGCAUAUUCCCAUAUUUUCUUGCAAAAUGAAAAUAACCUAUGUAAUUUACCAUAAAUCGUUUUCCACACAGUGAACGUGCACCCUUCGAGGGGAGCCUGGCGGUCAGAGAUCAGAGAAGCUUUUCGAAACACUGAAUCUAUAUGAAGCAACUGUGCUGAAAAUGGUUUGUUGUUUUGAAGCAUUUGAUGCAGUCCAAAGGGUGAUCUGUGCUAAAAACCCAUUAAAAAGUAGUCUCUCUGCUCUCAUUGAUAGUCUGUUUAGUAAAGGUUAAAUAAUAUAAAAUGACCACAUUUAAACAGAUUUUUCCGUUCAGCGCUACGGCAGAUUGACGAUCACAGCCUGAAUUCAAAAUCAGCGUGACGCCUCUGAUAUGAGCGUGACGUAACAAAGCCUCAUUUGUGAUGAUCAUUGGAUUUGUGCACCAUUGAAGCUGGGCUUCACUAGUUCCCUGCUUUACCCUGUUGGUAACACAGCCUUGCCCUCAACACGUCACUCUAAAGCAAGUUUAGUCCACAUGCUGGUUCUUUCCACAUGUUCUUAAUUUAGUCCAUCUAGAGACAGUAUAUGGUGUGCUACUGGGACACGGCUACAAUGGCGUGAUGGGUCAAAUGAUGUCAUCAAGUUGUAUAUAUAAUGUAUGAGCUUAAAAAAAUCAUAGUAUCACAUUCAUUGAUUCUUGCUUUUCUUUUUUUGUUGCUACAUAUUUGCCCACCUUACCUGUUGUGCUGUUGUAUGCACCCGUUAGCUAAAAACACAUUUUGACCCAUGAGUAAUUGCAGCAGGAUGCUAACAGUAACCCGGUUUGUUGGGUUUGGGUGGAAAGAAUAUUCUUCUGUGUACUUUGUGUCUUCUAAAUGUGCCUUUUUACACAAAUACAAUAAAUCACUUUUUCAAUGCUG